AUCAUCUACCCUGCCAUUGGAAAAGACAGGGCACGGGUAGAUAUGGGAGACAUUGAGAAACUCGACGAUGGCGAGUUUCUGAAUGACAACCUGAUCGCCUUCUAUCUCCGAUGGUUGCAAGAUCAGCUUGAGCGGCAACAUCCGGAAUUGGCCAAGCGCAUUUACUUCCAGAAUACCUUUUUCUAUCAAAAGCUUUCCAAACCCGAAAAGGGGAUCAAAGGAAUAAACUAUGAGGCUAUCAAGAAAUGGACCUCCAAGGUUGAUCUUCUGAGUAAGGAUUACAUUAUCAUACCCAUCAACGAGCAUUCCCACUGGUAUGUGGCUAUAAUUUGCAAUGCACCAAAGCUUCUACCGGACGCAACCGCGAAGGAGACUCAAACCAAAAAGACGAAACGAAAAUCCAUGCCCCCACAGCGGAAGUAUAACCCCAAGGAAUUUCGAAUCAUCACUCUUGAUUCUCUCGGUUCAAGUCAUACGACUACUUGCUCAAAUCUGAAGGAUUAUCUGGUGCUGGAAAUCAAGGACAAGAAGAAUAUCGAUAUUGAAAGACCUGGUUCCAUUGGCACCACUGCGAAGGGCAUCCCGACCCAGAACAAUUACUACGAUUGCGGGUUAUUCCUGCUCAGCUAUGUUGAGAUGUUUCUAAAGAGUCCGGACGAGUUUGUUAGUGGUAUCCUC